GCUCUCCGCAGAGGGCCUGGAAAACCGAGGCUGAGGCCGCGCCUGCGCGGGGAGCGGAGGCCGGGCGUGUUUUCUAUCAGAUGUUCCACCAUAAUAAUGCUGGUAACCAAAGUCUAUUUCUGGAACCAUGAAAAUUUUGCUGGUUUUUGACUUUGACAAUACAAUCAUAGAUGAAAACAGUGACACCUGGAUUGUACAAUGUGCUCCAGACAAAAAGCUUCCUAUUGAACUACAAGAUUCUUACCGAAAAGGAUUUUGGACAGAAUUUAUGGGCAGAGUCUUUAAGUAUUUGGGAGAGGAAGGUGUAAGGGAAGAUGAAAUGAAAAGAACAGUGACAGCAUUGCCUUUCACUCCAGGAAUGGUGGAACUGUUUAACUUUAUAAGAAAAAAUAAGGAUAAAUUUGACUGCAUUAUUAUUUCUGAUUCAAAUUCAGUCUUCAUUGAUUGGGUUUUAGAAGCUGCCCAUUUUCACGACAUGUUUGAUAAAGUAUUUACAAAUCCAGCAGUUUUUGAUAGCAGUGGUCAUCUCACUGUGGAAAAUUACCAUGCUCAUUCUUGCAGUAGGUGCCCAAAGAAUCUUUGCAAAAAUGUAGUUUUGGUAGAAUUUGUAGAAAAACAGUUACAACAGGGAGUAAAUUAUACACGAAUUGUUUACAUAGGCGAUGGAGGAAAUGAUGUCUGUCCAGUAACCUUUUUAAAAAAGAAUGAUGUUGCCAUGCCCCGGAAAGGAUAUACUUUACAGAAAAAUCUUUCCAGGAUGUCUCAAAAUCUUGAGCCUGCGGAAUCUGCUGUUGUAGUUUGGUCUUCAGGUGUUGAAAUAAUUUCUUAUUUACAAUUUCUAAUAAAAAAGUAAUGCCAACAA